CCUGCUGCUGCUAUUUAUUGCACAGAAUGAAACAAGACGUUUCCUAUGAACUUGUAAGGACACUACGAUCAUCUCUCAUUAAACCUCCUCUCAGUGUUUCUGAGUACACACACUGAAUGCAGAAGAAAACAGUGAAGAAAUGUGGACUUGUGUGUUUCUAGUUUGUGUGACGGGUGUGUUUGGUGUUGAUGCAGAUGAAGUGAAGUCAGUGAUGGAGGGAGAUUCUGUCACUCUUCACACUCAUCUCACUCACAUACAGACACAAGAUCACAUACUGUGGAUGUUUGGACCUCAAGAGAAACGUAUAGCUGAGAUCCAUAAGAGAAGCAUUGAUAUGUUUGACAGUAAUGAGAUAUUUGGAGACAGACUGAAGUUAGACAGUCAGACUGGAUCUCUCAGCAUCACAAACAUCAUCAUCACAGACUCUGGACUUUACAAACUACACAUCAUCAGUGACAGAGGAACUUCAUUCAAGAGAUUCAGUGUUACUGUCUAUGCUCGUCUGCCUGUUCCUGUCAUCACCAGAGACUCUUCUCAAUGUUCUUCAUCAUCAGAAAGAUCUUCAGUGUCAACAUGUGUGUUGUUGUGUUCAGUGAUGAAUGUGACACGUGUGAGUCUCUCCUGGUACAAAGGAAAGAGUUUAUUGUCCAGCAUCAGUGUGUCUGAUCUCAACAUCAGACUCUCUCUACCUCUGGAGGUGGAAUAUCAGGACACAAACACAUACAGAUGUGUGGUGAACAAUCCCAUCACAAACCACACACAACAUCUACACAUCACUGAGAUCUGUCGGCCGUGUUCAGACUCCGCACAAGUACCUUCAUUUCUUUAUCCAGUGUUUCUUCUAUCGUUUGUGGUCUUUACCAUCUGUGCUAUAUUGUGUUGUCUAUACAGCAAAAACCAAACAGGCGUUAAAAAUGAAACGGGUGAGAAGGACAUGUCAGAAUACACAGAGGUCAUCUACAGACUUCACACGAGAGAUCCGUCACAGAAAUCACAUCAGCGUAUGGACAGACCCGUGAGAUCUGUGACGUAUCAACACACAACACAAUGAAACUCAAGAUGCAAACACACAGGAUCCAUUCUCGAAAUAUUAGUAACAUGGAAUAUUAAUGUGGUUAAACUGAUCGAUGAUGCAUGUUUGAAGAUCUGAACUCUAGUGUUAUCUCUUUUAAAGUAUGAAGAGUUUCACUAGAUCUCUCUUCGUCAGGAAAUGAAUGAAUCUGUACUCAAAAUAUCUCUGUUGUCAGUUAACCUUGUUCAGUUCGUCCUUUGUCAGUUUGGUUAAGAUCUGAACUAAAUAAAUGUGGUUUGUUCUGCUCUGCUUGGCCGAGACUGUGUGAAAGUGUGUGUGUCUUUGUGUUGUGUGUGGAAAAUGUGGUUUCAUCUCACAUGCGCGAGUCAACUUCCUAAUGAGAACAAAAGUGAGAGAGAGAUGAGAGGAAAGCUCAGAUAAAUUAAUUGACAAGAGUUUAUGAUAAAAAAACAAUAAAUGUUUUUCAGCAUGAUUUUCUCUUUUUUGCUCCUGUUUGUGCUGCAUGGUGUGUUUGGUGUUGAACCAGAAGAAGUGAAGUCGGUGUCAGUGAUGGAGGGAGAUUCUGUCAUUUUACACACUGAUCUUACUGAACUACAGAGACACGAUUACAUAGUGUGGAUGUUUGGACCUCAAGGGACUCGUAUAGCUGAGAUGUAUAAGAAUCGCAUUGAUACGUAUGACAGUAAUGACAGUAAUGACACAUUUGGAGACAGACUGAAGCUGGACAGUCAGACUGAAUCUGUUACCAUCACAAACAUCAGACUCACAGACUCUGGACUUUAUCAACUACAGAUCCGCAGUGACAGAGGAACUUCAUACAAGAGAUAUAACGUCACUGUCUUUGCUCGUCUGCCUGUUCCUGUCAUCAUCAGAAACAAAACCAUCACAAACCACACUCAACAUCUCAACAUCACUGAGAUCUGCGAGUCAUGUUCAGACCACACCCCCUGUUGCAGUUUAACUGAAACUGUGAGCCGAUUGGUCAUCUCUGCUGUGGUGGGCGUGGCUGCUCUGACUGUACUGCUUUAUGAACUGAGUUAAACAGGAGGAGAAGAGGACACCAGGAGGCGAUAGUGAAUUGAAAAUCUUCUUACACAGUACAGACAUAAAGCUUUUUUCAGUGCUUUUGUAUGUUGUUGUGUAAUUUGUGACACACAGGAAUUAGUUGAACAUCAAAACUGAUCUGUCAUUAUUAAGAAAGAUCUGAUAGCAUGACGAGUAUAUUUACGCAAUAAAGUCGG